UUUAUUUUUGCAUUCACGCAUAAUUUUUUGAUUUACCAUGCGUAGAAAUUUAUUAAAAAAAUUAAAUUUACCUAUAAUUAAAAGGCUUCAACUAGUACAUAAGUAUUAUGGAAUACCAAUGGAUGAUACAGAUUUACAUCAGCAAGAUUCAUCUAAGAUUACUAAAGAGUAUAGAUUUAUAUAUCCAGAAUUCUUACCAAAUAACAAUGACUGGACAAAAAGAAAUAAGUUAUGUGAAAUGUUAGAGAGAAAAGACAUGAUUAAAAGGAGAAUGAAAAUGGUUAUCCCAGAAUUUUAUGUGGGGACUAUUAUGAGUGUAACGGUUGCAGAUCCAUAUGCAGAGGAUAAAAUCAAUAAAUUUAUGGGAGUAUGUAUCUUACGUGGUGAACAUGGCAUGAGGCAUUUUUUCAUUCUGCGAAACAUUAUUGACAAUCUAGGUGUCGAGGUGAGCUAUGAAAUGUACAAUCCCACCAUUCUGUCUAUAGACAUAAUCAAACUGGAAAAAAGGCUCGAUGAUCAUUUAUUGUACUUGAGAGAUGCCCUACCUGAAUAUAGCACAUUCGAUGUUAAUAUGCCCAAGGUUUUCCAUUCCGCCAAUGAUCCCGUUCCCGUCAAUCCCUUAAAAGUGACUUUCAAACCCAAACCUUGGGAAAAGAGAUGGGAGCGAUGCGAUCUCCGAGGUGUUCAGGAUUACGCUUCGCUGUUAUCGGAAAAGGAUGUUAAGCGCAAGAAGAAGUACGCGACCCCUUGGGAAAAAUUCGAUAUAAUGAAGGAAUACAGGGCCGCCAUACCUAAAGAGGAACAGGAAAAGAUAUUCGAAGAAAUAAAACUCAAGGAAAAAGAAGAUUCGUACCUGAAAAGUACCUCCAAGAAGGUAUACAAAUCCUGAGACAGAUGAGACAGAUAAUUAUGCACCAUAAAUUAAUUAUUUAAGUUAUAUUAAAAAAUAAUGUGAUAUUCAUUAACGUUGUUUGUGUUGUGGGUUUUGU